UUUGCGUGUAGCCACAUAUUAACUUUAUGCAUAAACCUGAGCAGAGGCUCUGACCUGCGCAACCCAAGGAGGUUAUUCUCCUUGGUGCAACCACUGUGCAACCAACGUGUGUGCGACUGGUGCGACUCAACGAGCUUUUGUGCGACUACAGUAAUGUGCUAGAUUUAGACAGCCUUGUCUGAGGUCUAACAACGUUGCGCCCCUCUCCGCAAGACAAACAACAUGGAGGAGUACGCACGUGAACCUUGCCCAUGGAGAAUAGUGGACGACUGCGGUGGAGCCUUCACGAUGGGUGCCAUCGGUGGUGCUGUGUUUCAAAGCAUCAAGGGAUUUAGGAAUGCCCCUUCGGGAGUCAAUCGUCGUCUGCUGGGAAGCCUGGGUGCCAUUAAAGAGAGGGCUCCAAUCAUAGGCGGAAACUUUGCAGUUUGGGGAGGCUUGUUUUCGACGAUAGACUGCACAAUGGUGAAGAUUCGCAAAAAGGAAGACCCCUGGAACUCCAUCACCAGUGGUGCCCUCACGGGAGCCAUCUUGGCAGUCCGAAAUGGCACCGGCGCAAUGGUGGGAUCGGCAGUCAUAGGUGGUGUCCUCCUGGCCCUGAUUGAAGGCGUGGGCAUUCUCUUCACUCGUUUUUCGGCCGAACAGUUCAAGCCAGUAAAUCCACAAAUGGAAGACCCCUCGCAGUUAGGAGCAGCGCCUUUUCCUGGGGGACCACAAUACCAAUAGUUAGGUAGGAAUGCUCCAAUCUGCAGCGAAGAACUGCGACGAACAAGGACCACGCUUGUGCGGACAUGGGUCCUCGGAAUCGCAGCUGCUGCUGCUGCCAUCAUCUUCUCGUAGAAAAUGGAACAUUGCAUGGGUUCACGUGCAUACUUUCAGCUCCCACCGUGAAGUGUCCACGAUACCAACCAAACGGAAUAAAACUAUUGUUCAUAGCGUGUGAAACAAGA